ACGUGCAACUAGAAGAGUAGUCAGUUACCAGGAGUCAGAAGACGAUUCGGAAACUGUCAAAGAUCAUGGUGGUACUCCAUCUAUUGAAUCUUCAAAGAAAUUGAAGUCUCGUAGAAGAGUAUUGGAAGACUCAGACGACCAGACUGGCAGCCAUUCAUCAAACAGUAGCAAGCCCGUAAAGCACUCUGAAAAUCCUGAUGCCAAAAAAUCUAAUAGACGCGUUUCGUCUUCUGAUAGCGAUUGCGUUCCGUCUGGUGCUGAUGAUGAUGAUGAUGAUCAAGUUAGCACUGAUGAACAAAUUAGCUCUGGUUCAGGUACUCUUGAUAAGCCUGUUAAUGAUGAAAGCUCCGUAGAAGAAAAUGUUAUCAUGAACAACUCUUUAAAUGGAAAACCGAAUGAGUCCCCUGUUAGCCCUCUCUCGAAUUUUCAGUCUGACAAAGAACAACCUCACAGCCAAAAAGUUUGCUCAGAUAUAUUUGGCAAUCUGAACUCCUCGUCUCGGCCUUACACGAAUGGCAUCAAGACGUCAGUUGCACCCUACAAACCAUGUGUUAAUCUCUCACCUGAUCCAGUCAUCCCACGGAGUGCUCAACCCGGACCAUCGCCUUUGGUAUCGCCAAAAUCUGAAGAAAUAACACAUGUUGGCGAGGAGCUGAACUACCCUCAGGCAAUUAGAUCUGCUGAUUGUAUUCCUGGAAGUCUCUCAGCUUCCUUUUCUUUUCUGACUAGUAAGACUUGCUUUGCAGGUGACGAAGAAGAUGAGGAGGACGUUGAAGAUGAGGCCGAAGAACUGCUUUCCUCACGACAUCGUCUCACUGCCCCCGCGACAUCGAUUUCUAAAAUCACCAGAUAA